AAGGCACUAGUCUCAGAACAGCUCCACGCCUCCUCGUCCGUCCGUCCUUGCCAGCCAGAAAGCAAGCAGAGGUUCAGCCGAGGAUCCUCACGGCCUCAUCAACGCCAUGAAGUACAAGUUUAAUCCUUUCACGGGUCGUCUCAGUGCCCCGAUGCCGCUCGAGGUCCCCAGCAAGUUCGUGAAGGGGAUCGCCGAAAGUCCGCAGAUGCAGUUCGUCGUGGCCACGCGGAUCGCUGGCACGGACCCGCCGGCGCACCGCGGCAGGUACGCGCCGGUGCCGCCCAGGCUGCUGAGCAAGAUGAAGCUGUUCCAGGUGCCCAACGGCCUGCCAGUGCACAUCAAGGGCGGGCCGAUGGACAAGAUCAUGUUCGCCAUCACCUCCGCCGUGUGUCUCGUGGGCUUCGUCGAGUGCUUCCACGUCUGGUACACGCUCUCCUACCCUCCGGCGCCCAAGUCAGACUAGACGCACAUAUGUACACACUCCCAUAGGCUUCGUGGAGUAAAGGGGCUUCGAUGACGUUUAGUACACACUCUCCAAAGUCUCCGUCAUCAAAGUCAGAGGACGCAUCGAUGUUUACGCUUCUAUAGACGUUGAGUAUAAGGGUUUCGUCAGGCAUAAGGGGUUCAAGUACCGCCACAUCUAAUACAAACACUCCUACCCUCAGCCACCCCAGUCAGUAGAAGGAUCGAGUUUAAGGGUUUCGUUAAGUAUAGGGGCUUGGUCGAGUACCGCCACACCUUGUACACACUCUCGUACCCUCAGCCACCCCAGUCAGUAGAAGGAUCGAGUUUAAGGGUUUCGUUAAGUAUAGGGGCUUGGUCGAGUACCGCCACACCUUGUACACACUCUCCUACCCUUCCCACCCCAGUCAGUAGAAGGAUCGAGUUUAAGGGUUUCGUCAAGUAUAGGGGCUUAGUCGAGUACCGUACACACUUGCCUACCCUCAGCCACCCAAGUCACGAGUAAGCGCAUCAAUGUAUACACUUAUUAUAGGCUUCGUCAAGAGAGGCUUCGUCGAGUAUUUCUAAAGGCUAUGUUAAGUACUUCAGCGUCUCUGGUACACAAUCGGUCACUUUCCACCACAGUUAGCUAGUCUGUGUGGCCAAUUUCAAUUAGUAUUCAUAUCAAGAAAAUAAUAGAUUGAAAACUGAUCUCGGGUAUAAGAAAUUGAACCACACGAUUUUUCCGUCUAUAUUUUGAGGACAGUUCAUUUUCAACCCUCGUUAGGUUUUUUUUCUAUAUCUGAUAUCAGUUUUAGUAGUUAUGGCAAGGUGUGUGCAAACUGGCAAGCAUACUCUGUUUAGUAAAGUGCGUGCGAAUCAGCGUGUUAGUCAGAAAAGCACGUACACAUGAUCAAAUAGUAGUUACACCCACCAUGUCCUAAGCCACGCAAGACCUCGAGGAAAGACAGAGAAAGUAGGGAUCUAGGAGUACUAUGCAAGUGUGUGUGCGUACGUGCACGUGUGUGAGGGGGGGAGAGUUUUGGAUGGAAGAGUGACCGGCAGAGAGGACGAUGCAAAAAAAAAGGAAAAAAAAGGAAGGAUUGUUUACUGUCGAUGUCAUGGACGCCCCACUGGCCUGUCUAUCUGUGGCUGCUCCGUGUGGUGGUGGUGGUGGUAGUGAGGGUAGUGGUGGUGGUGGUGGCGGUGGUGGUGUGUACAUAAAAAUCGAUCGCUGUCCUGUAGAAGGAGGUUAAUUGUAGCAACAGCUGGUGACCGAAAGGCUUCCCACACGCUGCACUACAGACAAUAACGAUGUAAAAAGUACUGUUAUGGAUUAUGGUAGACUAUAUUAAUUUAUCUUGUUGGUUGUAAAAAGAAAAUAAUGAAUAAAACUUGAAAACAGCA